AUGGCAUGCCCGCGCCCGGCGUUGCUUAAUAACGUGGCAAGCCUGGACACCGGCCAGCUUUCACGGCAGCAGCUAACCGACGUCAUUUGGCACCUCCGACAGCUGGGCUUCGCUGCGGACCAGAUCUACAGGGCCGACUGCCACUCCCACCCGCGCCCCUCCCCACCCCCCGCUUACGACGUGGACUGCCAGGAAGAACGAUUGUUUCGGGACUUCAUUGACUUGUUCUGGCCAGACGGUUAUGUCACGCCGACCCCUCAGCUGGCUCGAGCGACCUGGGACACUGACCAGUACGAGACUGGCGCCCUCAAGCUGGCUCUCCAGGCGGCCAAGGCCUAUGGCACGAGGUAUGCCGCAGCCAUCGCUGAGGCUGAGAGGGUGCUGGCGCAGGUGGAGGCGGUGUGGCAGCUCAACGCCGCAGUGAAGAAGGGUGACGCGGGCAAGCUGAAGGAGGUCAUGGAGCGUGCCGUCGCCGCUGGCGUCGAGGAGCACUUCUUGGGCCCCGCGAGGCUGCUUUUGGAGCAGGCCGAUGCUCGCACAGCGCUGAGCAACGCCAUCAAGAGCAAGGAUCCCGCCGAGCUGGAGGCCGCCAUGGUUGCGGCCAGGAGCUGCGGCGUCGACCGGGCACGCAUCGCUCGGGCCGAGCAGACGCUGAUGCAGCUCAGCAGCACGAAGGAGAGCAGGGAGACCGCCUCGGGUAACCUCCGCCGAACGGACACGGGGCUCAACAACCGCACGACGGACACACAGAUCAUCCGGCAGGCCGUGGUGGCGGGCUCACGGCGCUGA